CCGCGCCGCCGCCGUUGUCGGCGGAAGGUCCUCCCGUUCCGGCGCUGCGCCCGCCCCCGCCGCCAGCCCCCAGCCCGGCCCGGCGGUAAGAUGGCGGCGGCGACCGAGUGCGAUGUGAUCAUGGCGGCGCCGGACGGACCCGGCGAGCCCGAGAGCGAGGAGGAGACGCGGAGAGAAGCAGAAUCGUUCAAGGAGCAGGGCAAUGCCUACUAUGCCAAGAAGGACUACAACGAGGCCUACAACUACUACACGAAAGCCAUAGACACCUGUCCCAACAAUGCCAGCUACUAUGGGAACAGAGCUGCCACCCUGAUGAUGCUGGGCAGGUUCCGGGAGGCCCUGGCAGAUGCCCAGCAGUCGGUCAGGCUGGACGACAGCUUCGUGCGGGGCCAUCUCCGGGAAGGGAAGUGCCACCUCUCCCUCGGCAAUGCCAUGGCUGCCAGCCGCUGCUUCCAGCGGGUUCUAGAGCUGGACCACAAGAACUGCCAAGCACAGCAGGAGCUGAAGAGUGCCAGCACUGUGCUGGAGUACGAGAAGAUCGCGGAGGUGGACUUUGAGAAGAGAGACUUCAGGAAGGUGGUGUUCUGCAUGGAUCGGGCCCUGGAGUUUGCCCCUGCCUGCCACCGCUUCAAGAUCCUCAAGGCCGAGUGCCUGGCACUGCUGGGCAGGUACCCUGAAGCCCAGUCUGUGGCCAGCGACAUCCUGCGCAUGGACUCCACCAACGCCGACGCUCUCUACGUGCGGGGGCUGUGCCUCUACUACGAGGACUGCAUCGAGAAGGCAGUGCAGUUCUUCGUGCAGGCCCUCAGGAUGGCUCCCGACCACGAGAAGGCCUGCCUGGCCUGCAGGAAUGCCAAAGCACUUAAAGCAAAGAAGGAAGAUGGAAACAAAGCGUUCAAGGAAGGCAACUACAAACUAGCUCAUGAACUGUACACAGAGGCCCUGGGCAUAGACCCCAACAACAUCAAAACCAAUGCCAAGCUCUACUGCAACCGAGGGACAGUGAACUCCAAGCUGAGGAAGCUGGAGGAAGCCAUCGACGACUGCACGAACGCGGUGAAGCUGGACGAGACCUACAUCAAAGCCUACCUGAGGAGAGCACAGUGCUACAUGGACACGGAGCAGUACGAGGACGCGGUGCGGGACUACGAGAAGGUUUACCAGACGGAGAAGACGAAAGAGCACAAACAGCUGCUCAAGAAUGCCCAGGUGGAGCUGAAGAAGAGCAAGAGGAAAGACUACUACAAAAUUCUGGGGGUGGACAAGAACGCCUCGGAAGAUGAGAUCAAGAAGGCUUACAGGAAAAGGGCACUGAUGCAUCACCCAGACAGACACAGUGGGGCCAGUGCGGAGGUGCAGAAGGAGGAGGAGAAGAAGUUCAAGGAGGUGGGGGAGGCCUUCACCAUCCUGUCAGACCCCAAGAAGAAGGCUCGAUAUGACAGCGGGCAGGACCUGGAGGAGGAUGGGCUCAACAUGGGAGACUUUGAUGCAAAUAACAUCUUCAAGGCCUUCUUCGGUGGGCCAGGUGGCUUCAGCUUUGAAGCUUCUGGACCUGGAAAUUUCUUUUUCCAGUUCGGUUAAAGAAGCCCCAGGGCAGCCCCACCCGAGCUGCUUCUCUGACUCCAACACGGCCGUACGUAGACCCUGCCCCAUCCCCUCUCGUGUACUUAGAGCAGUUUCAUUUCUCUCGGUUGGAGACCUCUGUUUUGUGUGCUUUGUGUGUGAAGAGGAAACAGCUCGGGGAGGGGAAGGCUUUGGGGGAUUUUGUUUUACUGUUAACUUUAUUAAAAACAAAACAAAACAAAAGCAAACGAAACAAAACCAAACAGUGAAUAAAAACAAAGCUUCGACUCCUGCUCCCUCCACGCUGCCCCCGCAGCCAGCUCCUGCUCCCCGGCAAGAGGAUUCCCCUCAAGUCCUCCUGGUGUCUCCUUGUACGUGGGGUGAGGGCACCUCCUGGUUUGGCAGCAUGGCUGGGUCUGCAGUGACUGGUGAGUGAGCCAAACCUCCUGGCAGUGGUACCAGGACCAAGCCAGUUCCACACAAUCACCUCCUGCCUCCAGCUCCCUCCGCUUCCUUCUCUCGUCUGGUGUCUGCCGCGGUCCUACCCCUGGGCACUGACUGCAGUGGAUGUGUGAGGAGAGCAGUUCUGUGCCAGAGAAAUGCUGCUGUGGCUUUCCAGGAGCAGCUCCUGGGAGCACUCCCUGAGGUGCAGCUGGAAUUGAAGGGCUUUGUGUUCCCACUUCCAGGAUUGUCCUGUUGCAGGCAGUGUGGAAUUGGGGCUGGAUUUCUCCACCGGACUGGUUUUUAUCUGGAAUUGAUCCACUUGAACAUGGAAUUUCUGUGCUAAAACUUGAGUUUUCUGUUGAGCUUGAUGUUUGCUUUCGUGUCACUGAGGCCUGGCCUGGAGGAGCUCUUCCUGGCUCUGAAGAAAUGCAAAGUUGAGGUUCGUGGCUGCAGCUGUGGCUGUGCAGCGGCUCCUGGGCACGCAGGACCUGGCCGGAGGUGAGGAGCUGCAGCCAGCAGGGAUCUGUCCAAAAGAGCAAGAGAAUGCAGAGCCAAGGCCUGGACUGGCAGCCUGGGCCCUGCUCCUCCUGCAGCCUGCCAGGAUGAGUGUCAGAGGAACCAGCCUGGAGCUGUCUGCAGCUGCCUCUGGAGUUCAGAAGGGCUCUGCCAGCUGCUGUGAGUGCUGGGCUGUUGGCACCAGAGCUGUGGUGGCACAGCCAGGCCUCGGCUCUGAGAGGAUUUGGAGCAGAGCUCUGCCCUCUGGUCUGGAGAGGUGAGAGCCUCUGCCAGGUGCUGUGUGCAGCUCCAGCCCUGCCUGUGGAGUGGUUCUGGAGCCUGCUGUGAGUGACGGCUGGCAGUGCCCCGGGCAUGCUUAGAGGGUGAGGAGCUGUGCUCGCUCUUGGCAGUGCCAGGAGGAAAGGCAGAGACUGGGCAGUGCUGCUGGGAGCUACUCCGUGCUGGUGACUUUUGGAGGCUGGCAGCAGGUGGUGGUGCAAGCAGGAGUGCCCCAGGCAAACCUGGCACCAACUUCUGGCAGCUGUUUCCUGCAGGGGCAGGCUGCAGGGGGUGGCUGCUGCGCGCUGGCAUCUUUGUCUUCCUCUGAGGGCUGUGCUUGUGCUGGCUGCAGUGCCCUGAACUUCAGCUGCAGCAGCUGCAGUUGUGCAUGGUGCUGCCUGUGCCCAGCACCACAGCCCAUGGCUGUGCUCUGGCUGCACUUGUGCCAGGCUGCUCCCAGGGGAAGGGCUAAGGGCUUCAGUUCUGCUGCUGCAGGGCAAAGGCUGUCCUGGGAGUCACUUGGAGCAGCUUUCAGAGCAGGCAGUGUUGGGGGCUCUGGGCACAGCCUCCCCUCUGCUCAUUCUUCCUUCUUGCCAGGGCUGGACUGCCCCAGGCUGCACUGAGAGCAAAGCUAGGGCCUGGCAUCUCCCAGGCUCUGCCAUCUCCCAGGCUCUGCCAUGGUGAAUGGCAUCUCCCCAUGGCUCUGCCUGGGGAACUGCAAUCCUGGUCUAUGCACAUUGAUCCCUUUCCUGGCUCUUGUGGCUCACAGGAGCUGGGGGUGGCACUGUGCCCCGCGGGCUCCUGUGCUGUGGCUGCUGGAGGUGCUCCACGGCUGGGACUGUCCUGGAUGUCUCUCGCAGAGCAGCAGUGCCCUGGAGCAGUGCCCUGGGAGUUGAUAUUGCUUCCUCUCCCCACCUAAGGGCAGGAGGCUCCUGCUUCCCAGAGCCUGGCACAGCCCUGCCCUGGAGCCAGGGGGGUGGUUCUGAGAGAGAGGUGGCAGCAGAUAUUUGUACCUGUGAGUGCAUGAUUUAAUGUGUCAGUGUUAACCUGCUGAGUGCCAAGACCACCUGAGGGGUGUUGUGGUGUGCCCCAUGGUGGAGGUGGGCACAGGGCCCCUUCUCAGGACGCUGGGCUGUGAGUGGUGGGCAGUGACCCCCCCACCAUUACCUCAGGACAGCAGUAGUGCCUGGAGAGGGGACCCUGGUGGCAUUGCCACCUCCAUCCUGCCUUGGUGUGGUGUGGAGAGCAGGGACUGGUGGCAGCAGGGUGGUCGCUGCUGGGCAGGGUGGUGGCUGCAGCUGGCUGCUCACGGGCAGUGCUUUGUGCAUGGCCACAGGGUCCUGCCCUCGGGGGGCACCGAGUGUGGGAUCAGCACAGAUCUGCUGCUGUAGGUGUCCAGGUGGUGCCAGGCUUGUGCUGCUUGUAGCACAAAGCAGCAGUGAGGGCAGUGGGGGCUGGGGGUGCCACCCAUGGGGCACAGGCACUGAACUGUGCUCAGGAGCCUGUUGCCCGCCCUGGGGUGAGUGCAGCCCCAGCCUGAGCUUAGCAGGAAGAAGCAGUCUGUGGUGAUCCCUUCCCUGGCAUCAGCUGGCACUGUGGGACCCCUGAAGGGUUCAUUCUGGGUCUAGCAGCAGGAGCCUCAAAACCUGCCUGAGACUGCUCCUGGCUCUGCUCAGGGGGCAGGGCCCAGCCUGGCAGCUUUUGCAGCCCUCCGUGGGUGCCUCUCAGCCUCCCAGCUCCUGCCCAGGGUCUCCAGAGGGAAUGGUGACAGCUGCUGCCAGGGGAGGUGCCCAGAGAGAGCCAAGAGCCAGGCCAGGCUAGUGUGCAGGGACAGUGCUGGGGGGGUAGUUGCUGUGGCACAGCUCCAGGUCUGGCCCAGGAGCUGGCAGCAUCCUCUGUGGCAGCUGCAGGGAAAAAGAGGUCUGGGGAAGUGUUGGGCUGCUGAGCUGCCCUCGGGCACCUCUGGGCCUGCUCAUGGGCAUGGAGCUGUCUGAGAUGCUGCAUGCAGAUGGAAGCAGGCAGCAGUGCUGUGGGCGGGGAGAGAUGUUGACUGGCAUCACCACUGGCUGGCCUGCAGGGCACAGCCUGUGCUGGCAGUCCCUGUGUGGACUCACAGAGGGAUGCUGCAGCAUCACUGAACCUGGGCUUGAAACUGGCUGUAAAGAGCCCUCAGCUGCCCCUGGGUGCCCACGCUGGCAGCUUCUGGUCGCUUGGGCUGCAGGGGGUGGUUUGUGAGGGCAGCCCCUGGCUGAUCUGUGGGUACCUGGGCAGAGGGAAGCAGACAGGAAGGUUCAGGGGGCAGUGUGGCUGCAGGUGCCUUGCAGAGGGGACCAGGUCAGAGCUGCUCUGCUGCUGCGUCCUUCUCCCCGCAGGCUGUGCCCAGCUCUUGGCCCUGCUAUUGGCCACUUCUCAGCCAAGGGAGGACCAAAGUCCAGUGCCCAGGCCGUGGUUUGCUGUGCCCAAGUGGUUUCCUCCAUCUCAGCAGUGGCAGCAGAGAGCCUCUCACCUUCCCUGGGUGGUUUCAUCCUGCUCAAUUUGUGCCUUGUACCUUCCUCUCCCUUAGGGAGAAGGUUGGCUCCUGUGUGGCACCUACCCAGGCUCCUCCAGGCAGUGCCCAGCCCACUGAGGCUGGCAAGCAGUAGUUGGGAUCAUGGCAGCUGUGCUCAUGUGUGGCAGCCUUGGACAUGUCCCUCUUGUCCCUGCUUCCCAGGGCAGCAGGGCCUGAACUUGGCUGUGGCAGAGCCAGGCAGUGCCCUGCUCUUGCUGCCUUUCCCUUGGCUGUCCCAGGGACUGGAUUGUCCCUCCCUGGAGCAGCACUGGGCAGGGGUAACCUCGAGCACAGCCCCUGCAGAGCUCCCCAGGGCAGCUCUGGUGUGAGAGGUGGUGAGCAGGGCACUGGGGCAAGGCAAGGGCAGCAAAUUGGUGUUACUGAGCCAGGGGUGGCUCAGGAGGGCAGGAGUCUGCUGGAGAGCAGAGAUGCUGCUGGGUGCUGCUGGCAGGCAUGCACCGUGCCCACAGCUAACCUCACCCCCAUCCCCCCAGUUUCUGCUGUCACUGCUGCGGGUUGGAGGGGUGGGGGUGGGGCAAUGCUGAGGGCUGGGUGGGAAGAAGCAAAUUGAGCCUCAGGGCUUGGUGCCUGGCACUGGGGGCGGGGGGCAGGCGAGGCCAAGGUGGGCACCGAUGUGAAGCCACCUUAGAGAGGAGCCGAGGCUGUGUUGAGAGCUGAGCAGAGCCCCUGAGCCUUUACCUCGGUGUGACCCCCCCUGAGCCCUGCCCAGUGCAUGGAGCUGUCCCUGCCCCCAGCUUUGCCCAGUGCCACCUUGCUAGGCUGGGCUUCAGGUCGGGGUGAGCAGAGCCCUGCCUGGGACUCUUUGCCCCUUCCGGGAUGUGAGUGGUGCAAAUGUGAAUCUUUUGUUGUUUACUUCAUUAGGCAGUGCUGGUGAUGAUGAUGAUGCUGAUAUGUAUGAAGAGUCUGGCAGGCUGAGCAAAGGCAGAUGCCAUUGGUUUACUUUAUUAUAAAGUGUAUAUGAUGUACAAAUAAAAACUGAACCCAG